UGCGUAAUGGGGCUUUAAGAAAGACACUCCCAUGCUGGUUGUAUCAAAUCUACCUAUCAUGUUGAACGCAAAAAUAGUGCGGGUAAAAGGGCAUUGACUUUUCUGGAUUGCCUGGACCUGUUUUAACACGGAAAUGUGCUGCUGGGGUCAUUUAAGGACGAAAUUGCUACUGCCUCCCGGACUAUCUACAUCUGAUUUCCGCCUUUUAAUCUCACAAGUAAAUGGUAGCGAAUGAGAUAUUAAUUUAUGUCAAACUCUCUUAGUUUAUGAGAACCUUCAUGCUAUGUAGCCAACUCGAAUUUUGCCACGCCAUUGUGCUUUUUCCAACUGAAAACUGAAAGUUUAACGAUGCUGAAAAUAUUUGUGUCAGGGUGUGUGUUUUUCCCUGGACUUUUCUUCACUUUUAAACACAUCUUUAAAACUCGUUUCAAAAACUGGAAAGACGCGGAUGGGGCUUUGGUCAGUGAACGGAUGGUUUCCGCCAUACAUGCAAUUAUGGCUUCCACGGCAGGUGUUUUAAUUGUUGCUUCCUGUAGUGACAUCAUGACUGACAGGCACUGGCUUGCAACAGAUUUCGUAUGGUUUGGAGCUCCAUAUAUGGCCUACGACAUAUAUGCCAUGUACCAGGUUCACUACCUCAAAGAAAAGGAUAAAGGGCAUGCAGAGUACAAAGGCCACUCAAUUCACACAGUCACAAAGUUCCUCUGCAAAGACUUCCUGUUCGUCCUUCAUCACGUGGCCCUGCUGACUAUCUUCAUGCCCGUUUCUCUGUUCCUACGGAGAGGCCUUGGAGACUUCUUUAUUGGUUGUUUCUUCAUAACAGAACUUAGCACACCAUUUCUAUCAGCAGGAGGGGUUCUUAUUCAGAUGGGAUUACAGGAUUCUACACUGCACAAAAUCAAUGGUCUGAUGCUCCUGCUGACUUUUUUCCUAUGUAGAAUAUUACUCUUCCCCUUCAUGUACUGGGUCUACGGUCGUAACUAUAAUGUAGCUUUUUACAAAGUAGCCCUACAUCUUCCCUUGCACUGCAACCUUGGGAACCUCUGCAUACUGGCACCACAGCUGUACUGGUUCACCCUGUUAUGCCGCAAGGCUCGCCGUCUCUUCCUUCAGCAACACAAGAAACGGGAUGGUCAGUCUCCUAAAACAAGCUGACACCCGAUUUGUCUCUUUUCCCCCCUAACAUCAUGUAUUUUGUACCAGGUAUGUAUCAGGUUUUCAUUGUAUGUGCAUUGUUGAGGCAGAGUUAAAUGUUCAUAGCCACUUCUGAUGUGUUAUUUUUACAACUAUGCAUCAGUGUCCUUUCAAAGCCUUUGGAAAUACAGAACAUCUUUUAUCAGGCAAUUAUGCAAGAGACCUCAAUACUUUUGUUGUCAUUUGACCCUGACAUUUGACAACUCAAUCUUCAGAGGCCACAGGAGUUACCGUAGUCUGUUUGUUACCUCACAUUCACAAGUAAAAUGAUCAUACUCAUGCUCUUGCUCACAGCAAAUUACAGCUUGACCCCCUCUAGUCAUCUGUAGCUUUAGACUAUGUGUUUGUGGUCCAUGAGGAAGGUAAUGAUCAAAGUAUAAAGGUCCCCAUCAACCAGAUCUGACUUUUCAAAUAUGUGUGUAUAAUUGUGUGCUUUCUGUUGCUGUAAAAUUAUUUAUUUUAUUUUUGUCCCACACCAUUAUUGUCUUGUAUCCUGCAGAGGAGUGCAACUUUGCUGACAUUUCUUAUGUUGAUAUGUGAAUUCAGAUAUGUGAAGACUAAUUUUAGUCAGUCAACAUAGAUCAAAUUCAGUUUUGUCGUACAAAUUAUGUAAUAGAUAGAAAAUGGUGUUAAGACGAUUCUUUCUUGACUUUAUUUUUGUAAUUGUUAAACAAGUUGUAUAAUUAAAGUUUUACUUAAAUUAUAAA